AUGGCGGCAGCCGGGUACAAGGUGACGUCGGUCCGCAAACUCGCUAUCUCGGACACCGACCAAGAGCCGCUCGAGUCCGCUGGCACGUCCGAGUCAUCGCGGCGGCGGCCGACCGAUGACACAGGAUCUCGCGGCGAGUCGAUGCAGACUGUCGAGACAAUUCCUGGCGCCUCCAUGUCGAUGCUGGACACAAUGAUGGUUCAGACUGGGCUUGGUCUGGAGGACGAGGACGUGCUUGUCCGCCAGCUGCGGCGCAAAUUCAACAAGAUGCGCAUCAUGCGCGAGACCCGGGCAGCCAUGGCGAGCUCGACCAAGUCCCUGGCGGGUGGAAAGUCGGCCGAAGCCCUGGACCUGCCGGAGGACAGCAGGCGAGCGAGCCGUAAGCGGUUGGAUGCUUCGCGCCGCUUUCGCCGGCGGACCGAGAUGCCUGGGCAGAAGGCGAAGAAUGCCAGCAUUGACUUUGAGGCGUGGAAGAAGGCGCACGAGCGCCUGCAGUCGUCAUCGACGUCGAGCACCUCGAGCAGUGCGUCGAUCGCAGCCAAGGACGAUGGUGCCGCCUUGAAAAGCAGCAAGCGGCGCAAGUCCAGCAGCAACUCGAUCAAGGCACGCAAGGGGAAGCGGCGUGGGAAAAGCAGCAGCUCGACGUCCGGGACCGGAGACCUGCCGCUGGGUCUCAACCAGACAAGCAGCUCGUCGUCUGAGGGCGCCGCAAAGAAGAAGAAGAAGCGGCAUGGGUCACGCCGCCUGUCGAGCCGAAGCCGACGGAGGAAGUCGAGCUCAAAAUCGGUGGAGAAGGACGAACCGACAGUGGAUAAGCACAACGAGGCCAAGCGGGCGCUGAUGCGCGAGCUAGCCAAGGAAGCACACGCGUCGAUGAAGAAUGUGGACGUACAGCUCUCAACAAGCCACGGUUCACCCUCGAGCGACGUGUUCUACUCGUCGGAGAGCAGCACAACAAGCACCUCAUCGUCGACCACAUCGUCGACCACGUCCUCAAGCAGCUCGAGCUGCACGAGUGUACCCCAGCCGGAUCCCGACACCAGGCUGGACGACCGGUGGCUCGAGGCACGGCGCAACUCGAUGUAUAACGCCAAGUCGCCAUCGAUGGACAAGCUGCGGUCGCUGGCGGAAACUUCGUUCGGGCUCUACACCUCGAUGCCAUGCUCGUCGGUAUUGAGCACAAAUGGCGACCUACAUUCUGCCCGGAUCUACAGCGAUGUGAAUGCAAGCCUUGGCUCGCUCCGGUUGUCACGGGCUGACCUUGUCCAGCACCUCAACGAGGGCAUGAACGAGCCGACUUUGGAGCCGGCGUCGCACCUGGAAGGCCACCUCGCGCCGAGGAUGGUGGCAACGAUGAGUGGGGAUACCAGCCCAGGCGUGCCACAGCCGUUCAAGCGUCAGUCGCGAGUCCGCUGGGAUCUGGCGGCUACCCAGGAGUUUGUCAUCGGCGAGCCGCAUGACGACGUGCUGUUGUCGACUUCGCUAGACUCGUCGUUGUCGUCUUCGGUUGGCCUGCCGAGGCUGGACAAGCCGCGGAGUGAGCUCAUCGCCGAGUUGAAGGCGUGGUCAGUCUCGUUCGAUGCUUCGAUUGCGGCCUUGUCGACGAGUCUCGUCGCUCCACGCGGGCAGAACAACUUUUCAGCCUCGCUUAUUACCGGGAUUCAGUCUGCGCCAACACCCGAGACUGCACCGCUCUUGGUCGAGCCGCUGAUGGAGCAGAUUAAGGAGGCGUAG